AUGGGACAGCUGGAUAUUGCUGCAGGGCUUGGCGCCAGCAGCUCGGAGGGUGGGAGUGGUCAAUGGGCGGUCACCUGUCCUCUCUCGCCGAAAAAGAAACUUCGGAUCUUGGAAGGUCCGGGUCGGGGGCGGGUCCAGGCUCGGGGCCCUGCCCAGCAGGCGGGCUCAGGCUUCGUCCUCGGAUCUCCGCCGCGGGGCCAAUCCAGCCUUAAGGGCGCACCGGGACGGCCUUUCCGGGCCGCAGCUUCCUCCGGCCGUCCCGCCCCUCGCACUCCCACCUCCCGCCCCAGUCUGGCCGGGCCUCGCGGCGGCGGCACCUACAGUGACAGCGAUUGGGCUGCGCCCCGCCGCGUCCCUGAGUCCUGGGAGUCGGCGCGGCGCGGAGCUGUGGAGGUCCAGGUCUCUGAAGACCCUGUGGUAGCCCUGGUGGACACCGAUGCCACCCUACGCUGCUCCUUUUCCCUAGAGCCUGGCUUCAGUCUGGCACAGCUCAACCUCAUCUGGCAGCUGACAGACACCAAACAGCUGGUUCACAGCUUCACUGAGGGCCGGGACCAAGGCAGUGCCUAUGCCAACCGCACAGCACUCUUCCCCGACUUAUUGGUGCAGGGCAACGCAUCCUUGAGGCUGCAGCGUGUCCGAGUAACUGACGAAGGCAGCUACACCUGCUUUGUGAGCAUCCGGGACUUUGGCAGCGCUGCGGUUAGCCUGCAGGUGGCCGCCCCCUACUCGAAGCCCAGCAUGACUCUGGAGCCCAACAAGGACCUGCGUCCAGGGGACAGGCUGACCAUCACGUGCUCCAGCUACCAGGGCUAUCCCGAAGCUGAGGUCUUCUGGAAGGAUGGACAGGGAUUGCCCUUGACUGACAAUGUGACAACAUCCCAGAUGGCCAACGAACGGGGCUUGUUUGAUGUUCACAGCGUGCUGAGGGUGGUGCUGGGUGCUAAUGGCACCUAUAGCUGCUUGGUACGCAACCCGGUAUUGCAGCAAGAUGCUCAUGGCUCAGUCACCAUCACAGGGCAGCCCAUGACCUUCCCCCCGGAGGCUCUGUGGGUGACUGUGGGGCUCUCUGUCUGUCUUGUGGUACUGCUGGUGGCCUUGGCCUUCGUGUGCUGGAGAAAGAUCAAGCAGAGCUGUGAGGAGGAGAAUGCGGGCGCUGAGGACCAGGAUGGGGAUGGAGAAGGAGCCAAGACAGCUCUGCGGCCUCUGAAACACUCUGAAAACAAAGAAGAUGAUGGACAAGAAAUAGCCUGACUGGGAGAUGCUGCCCUUUCCAGGUUGGGGACCCACUCUGUGGCUAUGUGGAGCCUCAACGUGAGCCCCGCCCCCAAGGAAUGGGUCCUGCUCUGCAGAUCUACCCAUGCUUCAAAGGAUGUGGUACACAGGCCACCCACAGCCUUAUUUCUCCGAUGGACUUAAUUCCCAUCAUCCCGCAGCCUUAUUUCUCCAAUGACACGAUAGAUGAACCUUCCCGCGGCCUUCUUUCUUAUGGACGUGACACACAGACCAUUCCACCUCAGCGUUCCUCCAGAGUCAUCCAGUGGCCUUGUUUCUCCAGCGAUCUCACACGUGAACCUUCCUUUGGCCUUAUUUCUUAAGGACACGUGCAAA